GGCAAGUAACCUCUUACCAACUUUAGUUUAGUCUGCGAUUAUUUUUUUCAUUUUGGCACAGUUGUUAGUCUGGUCAACCGUACAUACUGCCAAUCCGUGGGCACGCAAGGCGGACGGAGACCUUUUUCUCUAGUCAGGUCCUAAUUUCUCUCCUCCUUGCGUGUAGCGUCGCCGCGGAAAAGAUACAAAAGACAAGACUGAAACGAGAUGUCUUUUUCUCAUUAAUUCAAAGACAAUACAAGGACGAGACGAGUGUAACCGAGCACAGUAGAUUGUGCAUAGUGAAAGCUGUUAUUGCUAACUGGUCGGUCUAUUGAAGAAGAAGAACAAGAACAAGAAGAAGAAAGGACGCGGGACGGAGAUAGGAGGGCGUAAACACGGGAUCCAGAUCACCUACCAUACAUACCUAACAUAGUACGCAAGUAUGUCGCUCGGUCCACUUACGACGACCUUCACGCCACCAGCAGACUGUGUCGCGUCGUCGGCGCUGUACUGGGUCAACACCGCUUCGACUUUCUACUGGCUGCAUGGCCGCCCGGGACAAUCGUCAUGCUUCCCUGACGACUACUCUCCCUAUCAAAAUCAGUAUUACAGCCCCGGUGUAUGUCCUUCUGGUUAUACACGCGCGUGCGAGUCUAUAUCGACCCAGGACGAUACCAUCGUCGCCACGCGGGCGACAUGUUGUCCGCAAGGGAAUUACGAAUGUGCCGCUACGUCGAGCAGCUAUAGCUAUCCGUGGGGGCCAACGCUCGGCUGUAUGUCCGUAUAUAGAGUAAACACGCAGACGACCUUCACGACGAUCGAUGGCACAAUAAAUGGGGAUGAGGAAGCUGGAUCGGUAAUAAGUUUGUUCGCUCCCGGUACCAUCAUGGCGUACGGCGUUGUGAUCCAGAAUAGUCCCGCGACAACGACGGCAGAGGAGACGACAACCGUACCUGUUUCCAGUUCACUAUCAGACAAAUCAGCCCCCGCAUCAGAAACGUCACCCUCGAUAUCAACGACAGCGGAAGCGCAACCUGAUAGCGACGGAGGUGUCAAGCUUAGUGCCGGCGCCGCCGCCGGUAUCGGUAUUGGUGCUGCAUUCGUGGUUUUGGCCCUGGGCGCGGCGGUACUAUGGAUGUUCUGGUCGCGACGGCGGAAGAGGAGGCAAGAGGCAGCAGAACUGCAAGCCCAACCAAGUACAAUAGGCCCUAGUAACUGGAGUUCGACGACAUGGGGCGCACCGCCUUAUACACAACCGUAUACACAACCGCCCGUGAUGCAACCCAACUGGCCGCCGCCGUCAGAGAUGCCUAACCAGCACGGCUACAAGGAGAUGAGUGCCGAGUCUCGGAUACCCAUCGAGGCGGACGGCAGAGAAGUGUAUAGAGAAGUGUAUCAUCAACGGUAGUUGCCGUGGUUAAGGGAAAGCUAGGAGCCGGGACGAGCAGAUAUUUCGCUGU